AUGCACCAUACUCUCUACGUAGAGCUCAAGACGCAAUUGACAAAGUUGCGCUCUCAGACAACACGUGGUGCAUCCGACUGGAGGUCAAAGGCCUUGCACUUGGCUGAGAUGGACAAGCUCGAGGGCAAGAAGUUUGAUCACCUGAAAAAGAUUACGGAAGCUGAAAACCGAAGGGAUGGUGUGCAGGCUAGACUGGUCGAGGCGAGAGAUGAGGAGGAGGAACUGAAUCGCGGCAAGCCCCUGGAGCGCGGAGAAUUUGACAGGCAAGGACUUCUGCUCUCUAUCUACCGCAAAGUCGGAUUCCACCCGAUAUAUGCUAGCGAUCAGACCAAGACAGCGCCCACCGCACCUUUCAAAUCCCUCAAUUGCGUACCAGCGUCCAGGAAGCGCACCACUCUGCACAGAGUCGACGAAGCCUACUUGCGCGAGACUGGUCAAACACCAUUCUGGACCGCCGAGCAAUUGUGGAAAGCUGUCGAGUAGAGCUGCAGCACUUCGAAUCGCGAAAUCAACAAGCUGAACGGGGCAAGUCAGGCCGGCCCGCCCCGACGAUGUCUACGCGCAUGGGAAGAGAUGGCAGUGUUGGCAGGUGCGCUCUCGCCGGUCUGUAUCUCC